AUGAGAUGCGAGAAAGAGGUAGAAAUGAAAACCAUAAAAGUUGAAACCCAUACGCCCACUGUACACUCGGUGUGGAAACCAGCCCUAGAGGGGGUGGCUGAGAAAACAGAUCUGAGUUUUGAUGUCGAUGUGUCGCAGUUGGAUUAUGAAGAUGAAGGUUUACGUGACCCGCUUGAUGAGGACGAACACGAGGACGUGGAUGAGUUCAAGGAUGAGGGUGAACUCAAAACAAGUCGAUCAGCUACUGAAGAGACGGUACGUUAUUACCUCAAUCGCAUAGCCAGCAAAAAAAUCUUAAGUGCAAAAGAAGAACAGGAUUUGGCGUUUGCGUCACAAAAAGGUGACGAAAAAGCAAGGCAAACUUUGAUUGAGAGUAAUUUGAAACUGGUCAUUAGUAUAGCAAAACGCUAUAUCAAUCGGGGAGUGCCUUUUGAGGAUUUGAUCGAAGAGGGAAAUUUAGGAAUGUUGUAUGCGAUUGAUAAAUUUGAGCCUCAGCGUAAACUACGUUUUUCUACUUAUGCCACUUGGUGGAUCAGGCAAAGUGUAGCAAGAGCGGUGAUGAAUCAAUCACGCACCGUGCGUGUUCCAAUUCAUGUUUUGCGAGAUUUAUACCAUGUUCUUGAUGCCAAGUAUUUAUUGGAAAAAGAGAAAAAUGAUGGGCAGGCGGCGAGCCACGAGACCAUUGCAAAAUUUCUCAGCCGACCAGUGGAAGAAAUACAUGCCAUCUUGCAAAUGGGCGAACAAACGGUCUCAAUAGACAAAAAACUUGAUGAAGACAGUGGAUUAGAAAGUUUUGUUGAGAACAUGAUGGAUGAGAGCGAGAGCCCUGAAGCCACUUUAGAAAGUAAAGAAGAGACGAGUCAAAUCAGUUUGAUAUUAAAAAAGCUCUACGAACAAUCACCCAAACAUUACGAAAUUAUCGUGGCUCGAUUUGGAGUGAAUGGGGCUGAACUUAAAACAUAUGAUCAGUUGGCCAAGGAGUAUGGUGUGACAAAAGAACGCAUUCGCCAAAUGACGCUAAGUGCUAUCAAUAAGCUAAAAGACAUCGCUAUAACCAAUCACAUCGAUUUGAAAGAUUUUCUUAACACUAAAUAA